AUGCCAUGUGUGCUGUCGACACUAUUCCUUCAUGCCAUGUGUGCUGUCGACACUAUUCCUUCAUGCCAUGUGUGCUGUCGACACUAUUCCUUCAUGCCAUGUGUGCUGUCGACACUAUUCCUUCAUGCCAUGUGUGCUGUCGACACUAUUCCUUCAUGCCAUGUGUGCUGUCGACACUAUUCCUUCAUGCCAUGUGUGCUGUCGACACUAUUCCUUCAUGCCAUGUGUGCUGUCGACACUAUUCCUUCAUGCCAUGUGUGCUGUCGACGCUAUUCCUUCAUGCCAUGUGUGCUGUCGACGCUAUUCCUUCAUGCCAUGUGUGCUGUCGACGCUAUUCCUUCAUGCCAUGUGUGCUGUCGACACUAUUCCUUCAUGCCAUGUGUGCUGUCGACACUAUUCCUUCAUGCCAUGUGUGCUGUCGACACUAUUCCUUCAUGCCAUGUGUGCUGUCGACACUAUUCCUUCAUGCCAUGUGUGCUGUCGACACUAUUCCUUCAUGCCAUGUGUGCUGUCGACGCUAUUCCUUCAUGCCAUGUGUGCUGUCGACGCUAUUCCUUCAUGCCAUGUGUGCUGUCGACGCUAUUCCUUCAUGCCAUGUGUGCUGUCGACACUAUUCCUUCAUGCCAUGUGUGCUGUCGACACUAUUCCUUCAUGCCAUGUGUGCUGUCGACACUAUUCCUUCAUGCCAUGUGUGCUGUCGACACUAUUCCUUCAUGCCAUGUGUGCUGUCGACACUAUUCCUUCAUGCCAUGUGUGCUGUCGACACUAUUCCUUCAUGCCAUGUGUGCUGUCGACACUAUUCCUUCAUGCCAUGUGUGCUGUCGACACUAUUCCUUCAUGCCAUGUGUGCUGUCGACACUAUUCCUUCAUGCCAUGUGUGCUGUCGACACUAUUCCUUCAUGCCAUGUGUGCUGUCGACACUAUUCCUUCAUGCCAUGUGUGCUGUCGACACUAUUCCUUCAUGCCAUGUGUGCUGUCGACACUAUUCCUUCAUGCCAUGUGUGCUGUCGACACUAUUCCUUCAUGCCAUGUGUGCUGUCGACACUAUUCCUUCAUGCCAUGUGUGCUGUCGACACUAUUCCUUCAUGCCAUGUGUGCUGUCGACACUAUUCCUUCAUGCCAUGUGUGCUGUCGACACUAUUCCUUCAUGCCAUGUGUGCUGUCGACACUAUUCCUUCAUGCCAUGUGUGCUGUCGACACUAUUCCUUCAUGCCAUGUGUGCUGUCGACACUAUUCCUUCAUGCCAUGUGUGCUGUCGACACUAUUCCUUCAUGCCAUGUGUGCUGUCGACACUAUUCCUUCAUGCCAUGUGUGCUGUCGACACUAUUCCUUCAUGCCAUGUGUGCUGUCGACACUAUUCCUUCAUGCCAUGUGUGUUGUCGACACUAUUCCUUCAUGCCAUGUGUGCUGUCGACACUAUUCCUUCAUGCCAUGUGUGCUGUCGACACUAUUCCUUCAUGCCAUGUGUGCUGUCGACACUAUUCCUUCAUGCCAUGUGUGCUGUCGACACUAUUCCUUCAUGCCAUGUGUGCUGUCGACACUAUUCCUUCAUGCCAUGUGUGCUGUCGACACUAUUCCUUCAUGCCAUGUGUGCUGUCGACGCUAUUCCUUCAUGCCAUGUGUGCUGUCGACGCUAUUCCUUCAUGCCAUGUGUGCUGUCGACGCUAUUCCUUCAUGCCAUGUGUGCUGUCGACACUAUUCCUUCAUGCCAUGUGUGCUGUCGACACUAUUCCUUCAUGCCAUGUGUGCUGUCGACACUAUUCCUUCAUGCCAUGUGUGCUGUCGACACUAUUCCUUCAUGCCAUGUGUGCUGUCGACACUAUUCCUUCAUGCCAUGUGUGCUGUCGACACUAUUCCUUCAUGCCAUGUGUGCUGUCGACACUAUUCCUUCAUGCCAUGUGUGCUGUCGACACUAUUCCUUCAUGCCAUGUGUGCUGUCGACACUAUUCCUUCAUGCCAUGUGUGCUGUCGACACUAUUCCUUCAUGCCAUGUGUGCUGUCGACACUAUUCCUUCAUGCCAUGUGUGCUGUCGACACUAUUCCUUCAUGCCAUGUGUGCUGUCGACACUAUUCCUUCAUGCCAUGUGUGCUGUCGACACUAUUCCUUCAUGCCAUGUGUGCUGUCGACACUAUUCCUUCAUGCCAUGUGUGCUGUCGACACUAUUCCUUCAUGCCAUGUGUGCUGUCGACACUAUUCCUUCAUGCCAUGUGUGCUGUCGACGCUAUUCCUUCAUGCCAUGUGUGCUGUCGACGCUAUUCCUUCAUGCCAUGUGUGCUGUCGACGCUAUUCCUUCAUGCCAUGUGUGCUGUCGACACUAUUCCUUCAUGCCAUGUGUGCUGUCGACACUAUUCCUUCAUGCCAUGUGUGCUGUCGACACUAUUCCUUCAUGCCAUGUGUGCUGUCGACACUAUUCCUUCAUGCCAUGUGUGCUGUCGACACUAUUCCUUCAUGCCAUGUGUGCUGUCGACACUAUUCCUUCAUGCCAUGUGUGCUGUCGACGCUAUUCCUUCAUGCCAUGUGUGCUGUCGACGCUAUUCCUUCAUGCCAUGUGUGCUGUCGACGCUAUUCCUUCAUGCCAUGUGUGCUGUCGACACUAUUCCUUCAUGCCAUGUGUGCUGUCGACACUAUUCCUUCAUGCCAUGUGUGCUGUCGACACUAUUCCUUCAUGCCAUGUGUGCUGUCGACACUAUUCCUUCAUGCCAUGUGUGCUGUCGACACUAUUCCUUCAUGCCAUGUGUGCUGUCGACACUAUUCCUUCAUGCCAUGUGUGCUGUCGACACUAUUCCUUCAUGCCAUGUGUGCUGUCGACACUAUUCCUUCAUGCCAUGUGUGCUGUCGACACUAUUCCUUCAUGCCAUGUGUGCUGUCGACACUAUUCCUUCAUGCCAUGUGUGCUGUCGACACUAUUCCUUCAUGCCAUGUGUGCUGUCGACACUAUUCCUUCAUGCCAUGUGUGCUGUCGACACUAUUCCUUCAUGCCAUGUGUGCUGUCGACACUAUUCCUUCAUGCCAUGUGUGCUGUCGACACUAUUCCUUCAUGCCAUGUGUGCUGUCGACACUAUUCCUUCAUGCCAUGUGUGCUGUCGACACUAUUCCUUCAUGCCAUGUGUGCUGUCGACACUAUUCCUUCAUGCCAUGUGUGCUGUCGACACUAUUCCUUCAUGCCAUGUGUGCUGUCGACACUAUUCCUUCAUGCCAUGUGUGCUGUCGACACUAUUCCUUCAUGCCAUGUGUGCUGUCGACACUAUUCCUUCAUGCCAUGUGUGCUGUCGACACUAUUCCUUCAUGCCAUGUGUGCUGUCGACACUAUUCCUUCAUGCCAUGUGUGCUGUCGACACUAUUCCUUCAUGCCAUGUGUGCUGUCGACACUAUUCCUUCAUGCCAUGUGUGCUGUCGACACUAUUCCUUCAUGCCAUGUGUGCUGUCGACACUAUUCCUUCAUGCCAUGUGUGCUGUCGACACUAUUCCUUCAUGCCAUGUGUGCUGUCGACGCUAUUCCUUCAUGCCAUGUGUGCUGUCGACGCUAUUCCUUCAUGCCAUGUGUGCUGUCGACGCUAUUCCUUCAUGCCAUGUGUGCUGUCGACACUAUUCCUUCAUGCCAUGUGUGCUGUCGACACUAUUCCUUCAUGCCAUGUGUGCUGUCGACACUAUUCCUUCAUGCCAUGUGUGCUGUCGACACUAUUCCUUCAUGCCAUGUGUGCUGUCGACACUAUUCCUUCAUGCCAUGUGUGCUGUCGACGCUAUUCCUUCAUGCCAUGUGUGCUGUCGACGCUAUUCCUUCAUGCCAUGUGUGCUGUCGACGCUAUUCCUUCAUGCCAUGUGUGCUGUCGACACUAUUCCUUCAUGCCAUGUGUGCUGUCGACACUAUUCCUUCAUGCCAUGUGUGCUGUCGACACUAUUCCUUCAUGCCAUGUGUGCUGUCGACACUAUUCCUUCAUGCCAUGUGUGCUGUCGACACUAUUCCUUCAUGCCAUGUGUGCUGUCGACACUAUUCCUUCAUGCCAUGUGUGCUGUCGACACUAUUCCUUCAUGCCAUGUGUGCUGUCGACACUAUUCCUUCAUGCCAUGUGUGCUGUCGACACUAUUCCUUCAUGCCAUGUGUGCUGUCGACACUAUUCCUUCAUGCCAUGUGUGCUGUCGACACUAUUCCUUCAUGCCAUGUGUGCUGUCGACACUAUUCCUUCAUGCCAUGUGUGCUGUCGACACUAUUCCUUCAUGCCAUGUGUGCUGUCGACACUAUUCCUUCAUGCCAUGUGUGCUGUCGACACUAUUCCUUCAUGCCAUGUGUGCUGUCGACACUAUUCCUUCAUGCCAUGUGUGCUGUCGACACUAUUCCUUCAUGCCAUGUGUGCUGUCGACACUAUUCCUUCAUGCCAUGUGUGCUGUCGACACUAUUCCUUCAUGCCAUGUGUGCUGUCGACACUAUUCCUUCAUGCCAUGUGUGCUGUCGACACUAUUCCUUCAUGCCAUGUGUGCUGUCGACACUAUUCCUUCAUGCCAUGUGUGCUGUCGACACUAUUCCUUCAUGCCAUGUGUGCUGUCGACACUAUUCCUUCAUGCCAUGUGUGCUGUCGACACUAUUCCUUCAUGCCAUGUGUGCUGUCGACACUAUUCCUUCAUGCCAUGUGUGCUGUCGACACUAUUCCUUCAUGCCAUGUGUGCUGUCGACACUAUUCCUUCAUGCCAUGUGUGCUGUCGACACUAUUCCUUCAUGCCAUGUGUGCUGUCGACACUAUUCCUUCAUGCCAUGUGUGCUGUCGACACUAUUCCUUCAUGCCAUGUGUGCUGUCGACACUAUUCCUUCAUGCCAUGUGUGCUGUCGACACUAUUCCUUCAUGCCAUGUGUGCUGUCGACACUAUUCCUUCAUGCCAUGUGUGCUGUCGACACUAUUCCUUCAUGCCAUGUGUGCUGUCGACACUAUUCCUUCAUGCCAUGUGUGCUGUCGACACUAUUCCUUCAUGCCAUGUGUGCUGUCGACACUAUUCCUUCAUGCCAUGUGUGCUGUCGACACUAUUCCUUCAUGCCAUGUGUGCUGUCGACACUAUUCCUUCAUGCCAUGUGUGCUGUCGACACUAUUCCUUCAUGCCAUGUGUGCUGUCGACACUAUUCCUUCAUGCCAUGUGUGCUGUCGACACUAUUCCUUCAUGCCAUGUGUGCUGUCGACACUAUUCCUUCAUGCCAUGUGUGCUGUCGACACUAUUCCUUCAUGCCAUGUGUGCUGUCGACACUAUUCCUUCAUGCCAUGUGUGCUGUCGACACUAUUCCUUCAUGCCAUGUGUGCUGUCGACACUAUUCCUUCAUGCCAUGUGUGCUGUCGACACUAUUCCUUCAUGCCAUGUGUGCUGUCGACACUAUUCCUUCAUGCCAUGUGUGCUGUCGACACUAUUCCUUCAUGCCAUGUGUGCUGUCGACACUAUUCCUUCAUGCCAUGUGUGCUGUCGACACUAUUCCUUCAUGCCAUGUGUGCUGUCGACACUAUUCCUUCAUGCCAUGUGUGCUGUCGACACUAUUCCUUCAUGCCAUGUGUGCUGUCGACGCUAUUCCUUCAUGCCAUGUGUGUUGUCGACGCUAUUCCUUCAUGCCAUGUGUGCUGUCGACACUAUUCCUUCAUGCCAUGUGUGCUAUCGACACUAUUCCUUCAUGCCAUGUGUGCUGUCAACACUAUUCCUUCAUGCCAUGUGUGCUGUCGACACUAUUCCUUCAUGCCAUGUGUGCUGUCGACACUAUUCCUUCAUGCCAUGUGUGCUGUCGACACUAUUCCUUCAUGCCAUGUGUGCUGUCGACACUAUUCCUUCAUGCCAUGUGUGCUGUCGACGCUAUUCCUUCAUGCCAUGUGUGUUGUCGACGCUAUUCCUUCAUGCCAUGUGUGCUGUCGACACUAUUCCUUCAUGCCAUGUGUGCUAUCGACACUAUUCCUUCAUGCCAUGUGUGCUGUCGACACUAUUCCUUCAUGCCAUGUGUGCUGUCGACACUAUUCCUUCAUGCCAUGUGUGCUGUCGACACUAUUCCUUCAUGCCAUGUGUGCUGUCGACACUAUUCCUUCAUGCCAUGUGUGCUGUCGACACUAUUCCUUCAUGCCAUGUGUGCUGUCGACACUAUUCCUUCAUGCCAUGUGUGCUGUCGACACUAUUCCUUCAUGCCAUGUGUGCUGUCGACACUAUUCCUUCAUGCCAUGUGUGCUGUCGACACUAUUCCUUCAUGCCAUGUGUGCUGUCGACACUAUUCCUUCAUGCCAUGUGUGCUGUCGACACUAUUCCUUCAUGCCAUGUGUGCUGUCGACACUAUUCCUUCAUGCCAUGUGUGCUGUCGACACUAUUCCUUCAUGCCAUGUGUGCUGUCGACACUAUUCCUUCAUGCCAUGUGUGCUGUCGACACUAUUCCUUCAUGCCAUGUGUGCUGUCGACACUAUUCCUUCAUGCCAUGUGUGCUGUCGACACUAUUCCUUCAUGCCAUGUGUGCUGUCGACACUAUUCCUUCAUGCCAUGUGUGCUGUCGACACUAUUCCUUCAUGCCAUGUGUGCUGUCGACACUAUUCCUUCAUGCCAUGUGUGCUGUCGACACUAUUCCUUCAUGCCAUGUGUGCUGUCGACACUAUUCCUUCAUGCCAUGUGUGAUGUCGACACUAUUCCUUCAUGCCAUGUGUGCUGUCGACACUAUUCCUUCAUGCCAUGUGUGCUGUCGACACUAUUCCUUCAUGCCAUGUGUGCUGUCGACACUAUUCCUUUAUGCCAUGUGUGCUGUCGACACUAUUCCUUCAUGCCAUGUGUGCUGUCGACACUAUUCCUUCAUGCCAUGUGUGCUGUCGACACAAUUCUUUCAUGCCAUGUGUGCUGUCGACACUAUUCCUUCAUGCCAUGUGUGCUGUCGACACUAUUCCUUCAUGCCAUGUGUGCUGUCGACACUAUUCCUUCAUGCCAUGUGUGCUGUCGACACUAUUCCUUCAUGCCAUGUGUGCUGUCGACACUAUUCCUUCAUGCCAUGUGUGCUGUCGACACUAUUCCUUCAUUCCAUGUGUGCUGUCGAUGGCAUGGGAUAA